UACGUUGUAUCUUUGACUGUGAUUGAUCUACUAUUCCUUGGUUGUUCAUUCUUUCCCUCCCUGAUCUUUUCAGUACUAUCCUGCUUCGAGCGACCCCCCUGGUCCUUUUCGCUGCGCCAAAUCUGCCAUGCGAUCGCCUCAUCCGGCGUUCUGUCCGGCGAACACGGCUCGAGGAUAACCAGUCACAGACAAGGCAAUGUUGGUGGCGCUUCGUGUUGCGUUUUCUCAAUCCCAAGGCGCAACAUGCCCAUCCCAACAGGAACUAAAGAUGUAUCGCAAUCAGCCAACAAGACGGACAAGCGCAUAGAAGCAGCCUUGGACUUCGUUCGCAACCUGUACAAGGUCUUCUUGAGUGACCCAAGCGAUGCGCCGGCAACAGACCAGCUGGUCGACCAAAUCAACCAACAUGUCAAGAAACUUCACAAUUACACCUACAAGCACGUUCCCGGUGUCUCUGGCGAUUCCGAGAUAGACCAGCAGGGUACCCGCCUAUGGAACAUUUGUACUCGACUACUCCGGGAUUGCGAACAGACAAAGAAGAGACUGAAGAGGCUUUAUUUAUACGGGCGAGUGCUAGCUUUCCACUUACUCGUGGUUGCGAACCCAAGCCAAACCCGCAAGGCACAGAAUUUAGUUUAUGUGGUGAAACUGGCGCUCAAGGCGGCGAGAGACUGUGUUGAAAGUUCCGAGUUUGAACUAGCCACAGCAGUACUUCAAAAGGCCGCCGACUAUAAGAGCAGCCUUCAGGAUCUCGCAUCAGUACUCCCCAAGGAGGAGUUGGACGAAUGCAACUGUCUCGAAGUGGAAUACUUUAUCAUCAGAACAGCUCUAGCAUGGGCAGAUAACCAUAUCGAUGUUGCCGAACACAUGUACACAAAAGCAGAGCGUCUUCGCCAAUACCUAACACCCGACUACGCCGAAAAGCUGGCCGAUGUUCUUUACGAAAUUGGGAAGUCCCUCGCCUCUCGUAAUGACUACCCUCUCGCCACAAAAUGGUUACAACGAGCAAACGAGGUCAUCAACACUCCAACUCUUGAGCAUCUAUCUCGUGAAGGGCUCGAGCUACGGCUGGCCAUCUUGCAAGCACUCGUGAGCGCCCUGCUAGCCACUGGUACCUCAACAGAUCUUGAUGAGGCCACGAAGCUUGUUGACUACAUUGAGUCAGAGGUGGGAAACAGGCCAGUAGUGUCCCUUCUCAAGCUCGAGGUGCUUCGGAAAACACCCGCGGAGAUAUUCGACGACGACGCAUACGCCGAUGUCCUGCGACGGCUAAUUAAAGACUUCAACUUCUCCAAUGCCGGGUUCAAGUUGAUCAUACAUCACAUAAGGAAACUACAUGACAAAAGCCCCGGCGCUGCUUGCGCGGUGCUAGACGACUUCAUUCUCUCGCUACGCGGAGUUGACGAUAAUAGUUGGAUGGAAAAGGCGGUUAUCACGCGGAUGUGGAUGAUCACAAACCAAAGAGACACAAACGAAACCAUCGACACAGUACGAGGUGUUCUUUCAAACCUGACGAGGCCGUUGAGUGCAGAAGCUGCUGUUGCGGCGCAGGCGUUGAUAUGGAAGAAGCUAGAGUCCAAUUACAGCCAAAAACAAUAUGACAUUGCCGAGAACUGGUGUCGUCUAUCACUCCACCACAUCUUCCAGAAUUGCGGCCCUGGGAAUAUGGCAAAGUUGGAAAGAAAGUUGCUCCUUUGUGCGCUCGCAAGGAAUGAGCUGGAAGCAGCUAUAUCAGUCGUUCACAACCUGUCCAAGCAGAGUUGGAGAGAGCCCAUGACUGCCUAUCUAGCAUUCAAAGUGGCUAUUCGAUGCGAGGACCGCAACCUGGCGGAACAGUGCAUUCAUACCAUAGGCCAAGCGCCAGACCAUAUCGACUUUCUAGGGGCUUGUAUCGCGGAAUCUCACAAAACGGGAGACAUCUUCUGUGCCAUCGCCGCGCUGAAGAAGCUCCAGGAGAACUACGAGUACAAAGAUCCCAACCCGAUCAACCUACCAGCACUCUUCAGGUGCUUGAUACGGCUCCUAAACAUAUUGGCCGAGAAGCCAGAUGAGCGACAAGAGGAAAUCAUUAGCGACCUUUGUCGCCAGUUUGACAUCGUCGUAUAUGCUCUUGAGCGUCGAGCGAACGAUCCCAAAACCCGCAAGCUCUUCACCGUCGACGAACUCGAAUGGUUCAGCCGAAACGCCUACAACCUCGCCCUGAAACACACCACGACCUGGGACCUCCGGUGUGUAGUGCGUCUACUAACGGCCUGCGUCAACAUCAUCAGCCACUUCCCCUCCGACGUAGCAUCUCAAGUCGAAGUCACUCUCAAGGCCCUCUUCUCCCGGUUCAUCAUCGCUUCGGCGCUGAUUUCCUUCGCCCGAACCCAGGACAAUGUUAAGGAACAGCUCGAAGAUUUCCAACUCAUGCGAAAACAUGUCUUGGCUUUUGACAGCCUAGUUCCUGAAUACCUGCCACGCUUGGAUGAGCAAUCGCGAGAGGAUAUGGUACGGAAACAUGCGACGUUGCUGACGUUUGACUUUGAAGCGGCGGUCGCCCUGGGUCAGUGGGAUGACCUGGGAGGGAUUGUGCAGAGGGCGGUGCCGUGUAAGAGUGCGGUUGCGUAUCAGACUAUGGCGGAUAGUCUUUUGAGGGCGCAGGUGCCGGGCCAAGUGCUCUACUCAACCAUGCGAAAGAUUGUCAACAAAAUCUGGGACCUGGAAAGCUUCGAUGCUGUCAAGCUAGCCAAGUACACAAGAUGUCUGUUUCAGGCUACACUUCCGCUGGAUGAUACUCUGGCUAUGAAGUUGCUUCAGGAAGCUUGUGGUAAGGCGAGGGAGUUACACGAGAGCGAUGCCCGCUGGCCAGAAGAGGAACUAGAGUGGAUGGCAGCCACGGCGUUCAAUCACGCGAUAGACCUAUAUGGUGCUUACGAGCGUGAUCGAGCAAAGGAGUGGGGAUCUGCAGCAGUCAAUUUGGCACAUUAUUGUCCGGAUGGAGGCUUUGAGAGGAUGUUACAGGACAAAUUCAUGAGGUUAAGUUUUGAGGAUGAUGGAAGGAAUAGGGAGAUAUGAUCGCGGAUCUAGUGAGGAUGGAAGUGGUCGAAGACUAUCUGAAUUGUUACUGUUGGUAGAAUGGGAUAAGUGCAAUGUUCUGAUACUCUGGAAUAUUUCGAGGGACACGCUAUGCACCAAAUACCCAUCAGGGAUACAAAAUAUCCCCGUGACUAGUGGUGAGUACUUAUUCGUAGGUAAUUGUGGAAAUGAAGUUGUCAAAAUGUCUUUUAUGCAACGCAGCUCUUCAAGAACCAACGCUUUUCCCUUCUCUGUAAAGCUCAUCCUUAUCCUACCGUUACCGCCCAUAAUCACUUCGCAAAAUGAA